AUGGUGGUGGUGGUGGUGGUAAUGGUGGUUAUGCUUUCUUGAAUAUAUUCCUUUCGUUUUUUGUUUCCAUCGUGUAAUGAAUUAAAAAACUUUUGAAUACAACAAAAAAAAUCAAAAUCAUGUCAACAACAGCACAAACAAUUAGCCGAUUGGAUACAAUAUAUCGUAGUAUAUUGUUAUCGAAAUUUUUCGUUAAAGGAUGGGGUAAUCCACAAAAUAUGAAAAGGAUAUUUAAAUUUCGUAAAAUAAUUUCCAAUCGACAAACAUGUCAAAAAUUGGUACAAUCAAAUCAUCCAAUUUAUAUUGAUCGAAAAAUUGAACAAACCGAUUCAUAUUGUCUAUAUGAAGGUCAUUUCAAUAGUCCAUUAGUUGAUUAUCUUGCCGAAUUAGUACCAAAAGAAUCACAUGUUGCCUAUUUUCAAUUAAUUGUGCCUUCAUAUUGGAAUACCGAUAAUAGAAUUAGUCAACAACAAAUUCGUCCACUUUGUGUUCAACUUGCUGGAACUGGUGAUCAUGGAUUCUGGCGUCGUAGACAAUUUAUGGCCAAACCAUUGAUUCGUGAUUAUGGUAUCGGUUCGAUUAUUCUGGAAAAUCCAUUCUAUGGUCUUCGUAAACCAAACAAUCAAUCACGAUCACAGCUAAAUAAUGUAUCCGAUAUAUUCAUAAUGGGCGGUUGUUUAAUACUUGAAUCAUUGGCAUUGUUUCAUUGGUGUAAAAGAAUGAAAUUUGCACCACUUUGUAUCACUGGAAUAUCGAUGGGUGGCCAUAAUGCAUCAUUAGCGGCGACUAGUUGGCAUGAACCAAUCGGUAUUGUUCCUUGUUUAUCAUGGACAACAGCAUCAUGUGUGUUCACGCAAGGUGUCAUGUCCGGUUCGAUACCAUGGAAAAUUCUUGAAACACAAUAUUUAAGCUAUCCAGAUCAGGAUCGUGUUGAAUUAAGUGAAUUGUUGCAUACACCAGAAAAAUAUCUAAAUGAUGAAAUGUUUGAUGCUGGACGUAGUUUUGCUAAACAUUUUCAAUUUAAUUUCAAUCAAUUUCUCACCGAAUUGAAUAUGAGUCUUUCAUUAUAUUUAGAUAAAAUAAUCAAUUUCAAAUUCACACAAAAUCAACAACAACAGAAUGGUCAACAUAAUAAUAAUAAUAAACAACAACAACAACAACAAUCGACUACAACAACAACGACAACAACAAAUCGUGAUGCAGCAUUUUUUAUGCGUGGCAUUAUGGAUGAAUGUACACAUUUAGGAAAUUUUUCACCAUUAAUCGAUCCAGAAUUAGCGAUCAUCAUUAAUGCACGUCAUGAUGGUUAUGUACCUAGUCAAGGUGUCAUGUCAUUAACGGACAUAUGGCCUGGUUCACAGGUACGUUAUCUGGAUCGUGGCCAUAUAUCAGCUAUUUUAUUUGAUAAUGAUGAAUUUCGUCGUGCAAUUGCCGAAUCAAUACAAUUGGCUGCACGUAAAUAUAUGAAUAUUGAUGAUAUUUUUAUUGAACAUCGACAACAACAAAAGAAAACCAUUCGAAAUGUUUCAAAACAUAAUGGUAAUGAUGAUAUUGUCUAGAAAAAAAAAUAUUAUGAUCAAUUCAUUGGUUGUCCAUAUUUGUUUUGUUAAAUUUUUUUUUUAAUUACACAGAAAAAAAAGAAUUUCAUGUGUCAA